UUCAUCGAAAAGUAGAUUUUCGCGGAUAAACAUUUCAUUAGUGAAUGCUUUUUUUUUAGCUUAUUAAACUGCGACCUUAAAUAUUUAGGGCGCAGAAUAAGUAUUCUAAGAAUUCAUUAUGUGCUAACUGUAUAGAAAUACGAAUUUUAGUACGUGCAUUUAAUGAUUAGGUUUUUGCAGUUCUCAGUUGCUGUUAGCUCCGUUAGCUAACGUUAGCAUCGACUAAAAGUUAUAAUGUGUAGCUGACGCAGCCAUGAGCUAAUUCUUUAAAUGCAUGACUAACAUGUAGACAACUUAUAAACAAGCAAGCAUGGCCAUGGAGCGAAACACGAGGAGGCUGGAAAGUCAGCUGUGUAAAGCGGUGAACGAUGGAGAACCCAGAUUUGUUCAGCUGCUUCUUUCUGAAGGUGCAAAACCUGACCUGGUGGGUAGUAAAGGGGUAGCUGCGAUACACUUGGCGGUUGGCAAAGAAACUGAGAAGAACACGCGCUGCUUGAAAAUGUUGCUGCAACAUGGAGCAGACCCCAAUAUCAGGUCGUCAGAGGGCCUGACUCCUCUUCAUGUUGCUGCACUGUGGGGAUGUUAUCAGAAUCUCAAGCUGCUCUUGAUAAAUGGAGCGAACCCAAACAUGAAGGAUAACGAGGGAAACACACCAGGGCAGCUUGCAGAGCAACAGGAAAAUCAAAAAUGUGCUCAUCUUCUUCGGGAAUACCAGACCAAAUCGGUGGACACAGAGGAGGAGCAGGAGGACUUACCUCAGUUCCAAUACUCUUUAUAUUCAGACCAGACAGACACGUCCAGCUAUCCUGAAUCAGACUACAGCUUCAGUUGCCACUCGUCAAUGAUAAGUGAUUUUGGUGAAGCCCCAUUGAGCAGCACAAGGCGCUCAUCAUUUUUCAACCUGUCUACCAUUAAUGGGAGACCAGAUUGCAGAGGAAUAUCAUAUAACAGACUUUCUGGUCCCUCCAUAUUAUCAAGCACUCGGAUGUCUGCAGUAGGUCCUGCAGCUGGAAUGUCGAUUCUUAAAGAGGAUGAUUUAUGUACAGAUGAUGGCUUCCUUACAUCAAAAGCAAAUGGACUUGCUGCCACAACUGAUGGUAUAAUCUCUCCUUCCAGACGAAACGCUCCUCCAGCUUUUACCUCCAGGCGAGAAAGUCGGAAGAGUGUGAGCUUCAGAGAUGUCGAUGAAUAUUUCCCAGUUUUCAGUCCUGAAUCACCUAGACAGCGUCCUACUGCUGAUGGCAGCCGGUGCACCAGCACUUUGCCUUUUGACAUGUCUGAGUACUCAGAAUUCCUGGAUUCAGAACGCAUGGCCACUGUUCUACAUACACAGGGCAUUGAUGUCACAUCACCGGAUCACGUUUAUGUCUUCUGCAGAGAAAGCAGUGAGAGCACAGACGAGGACUUGGAGAAAACAGUCCUCAGUCACUGUGCUUUGGAAGAGAGUGAUGAUGAAGAGGAGGAAGAAAAUGUGAAAAAGGCUCAGGUGAAUACACCUGAACAGCAAGCGCAGUCUCGUGUUGGCAGCAGUAGCAGUGGGACUAGUAGCAGUCAUUAUAGUAGCUGUGAAAGCGACCAUUACACCAGUGCUCUGGAUUUUUCCAGACACCCCAGACAUCUUUUACUCCCAGCAGUAGAAGAAGUUUCUACUGGGACUGAGUCUGACAAAAGGACUAAGACUUUUACAGUUUCAGAUUCUGAAUUCACAAGGCAAGAAGUGAAUCCUCCAGCCAUUCAAACAGAACCCAAACCAGAUUUAAAACAUGAAAAAACAGAGUCUUUGCCUGCUAUGGUUGAUAAACUGACUUUGUCUGAAGUAAAACACCCAAACAAUGAUGUAUUAGAAGCUUUUAGUGGUACUACGGACAUUUCAAGUAAAGGAGGCAUUGCCAAGGCAGUGACAGACACCAGAUCUUAUGCAAAUGAAGUAUUUGAACAAAGCUCUGAUCUUUCAUUCACCCCAAGUCCUUUUGUGACAGGGAGGACACGCUCAAGAUUAAGUCGCUGUUCAAUGAGAACAAGCAGAACCCCUGAAAGCCUCUUCAUCACAUCUUCUUUGUUUGAAGAGACCCUGCCCACACCAGUUCGAGCACGCCGCCAAACACCCAGGUCUCAGAGUAGUGAAGACUUCUGCAACUCACCACACGCACCUUACUAUCCACCUUCCUAUGCAGGGAGUAGCACAGGAGGAGACUCCCUGCCUGCUGAUUGCCAGGAUACACAGUCCAGCACUCUUGCAGCCAGCUCAAGUGUUAGCAGUAGCCAAGCUGACACACUCAUCCUGUCGAAGAGUGUAACCGACUCUGCUGUUGAAUCAGAGACUUUGUGUGACACUGUUUUAGUAGAGAAAAACCAAAAUAAUUCAGUUGAUGCUUAUGACAGAAACUUCGCAGAGAUCGUUCUUGCUAUGCAAAAACAGAACAUGGAUGUUGCUGAAGGUGGGGACUUUCUGACUGAUGAUCUGACAAGUGCAGAUGAGACAAAUAAAAAAGGGAAUGUGAAUGAUGCCCCUGAUAAGGUAGACCGUUUAGAAAAUGAUGACGUCUGGAUCACUGAGGACUGCAGCUCUCAGCCAGACUGUGCAUCAUCUUCAUCCAGCUCCAGCUAUUUCUCCCCGAGGAAGUCCAGGGAAGACUCUGACCUUCCUUGCACCCCAGGCACCGGAUGCACCCCAAGGUACAGCAUGAGCAGGCUGUCAAGCCACCACAGGCCACAGCGCCUGGCUAAUCUGUCUUACACCCCAGGAGGGCGUCCACUCAUUCAGGACCUGGACGAACCGGUGGAGUACCUCUACACUGACACAGAGCAGGGACACAAACUGAUUGAGACUCAUGUCCCGCCUACAGCAGACACUUCACUCAGCUCCAACAUGAGUGCUACAAGCAGUGAGGACACCAUCCUCUAUGAUUGGCGUUCCUUGAAGACUGGUAUGAAGGGGAGCAAAGGAAAAGAGAACCAGAAACCCCAGAUUGUGGUACAGAAAGAGGAAAGUGAUGAUGCUGAGGUCAGAUUGUUGCCAGAAACCAGUGGGAUUACUGACAAGGAGCUGAGAUUGAGGCUAGUGGAGCUUGGAGAGAGUCCGGGUCCUAUCAGCAGGCACACCAGGCCCACCUACCUUCGGAGGCUGCGUCACCUGUUACAGGAAUCAAACUGCAAAUCACAGCUUGGCCAGAAACAGACAGACCAACCGCAAACAGAUUUCGAAUAUAGUCCAGAAUUGCGUCGGGUACUGCAGACGUUCGAGCUGCCUGGUUGCCAGGAUGACGAGCAGGCUUUGUGUCAGCAGUUUGACCAACCAGAUCAGAACAGGAAGUGGAGGGAAGGCGUCAUCAAAUCCAGCUUCAACUACCUGCUGCUGGACCCAAGAGUGACACAAAACCUCCCGUUCCGGAGUCACACCAUGACUCCACAUGAAUGUUUCCAGACUUUCAUUCGUGCUAUAUUUUAUGUUGGCAAAGGAAAACGCUCUCGCCCCUACAGUCACCUGUAUGAGGCUUUAGAGUACUACAAAGGGGAAAAAACAUGCAAGAGGCUGUGCCCCAAAGUGCAGCACAUCCUUCAGGUGUGGAAAGCAGAGAAGGGCGUCAUCUCUCUGCAUUGUUUCCAGAAUGUUAUUCCAGUGGAAGCUUACACAAGAGAGGCCUGCAUGGUGGAGGCCAUCGGGCUGAAGAUGCUCACCAAUCAGAAGCGAGGGGAUUUCUACGGCCUGGUGUCCAACUGGCAGGUGAAGAGGAAACGGGAGCUUGGCAUCCACCUGCUGUACCGGGCCAUGCAGAUCUUCCUGGCUGAGGGUGAAAGACAGCUCAGACCAGCAGACAUCAGACAGUAGAGACACCCACUGGAGGGGUGUAUGAACAGUAGUAAAACACCAACACACAGAGGGAACAAUACCACUACUUCACAAAGAAAUCCUUUGUUGGUCAAACGUUGGGUGACAUUUAUAACAUCAACAGCUCUUGAGCUGUUCUCUCUCAUUUAGUUAUCUUCCUACUACAAAUGAACUCUGAUUUCUCAAUUCUCAGCAAUAUACAGUUUUUCAAAUGUGAUAGAGCUUGGCUUUACAAUUCAAUAUUUAAAAUCUAGACACAAAAAUGGCAACCACAGAACUUUCAGAAGUCAAAAGAAAUAAGCAUUAUUUUAACAAAAGCAUUCUUCCCAUUGGGUCACCUAAGGCACGGUUGUGCUUCUUACUUUUUCAAAUUGAUCUCGCGCCCAGCUUGAGUGUAUUUCAGCUUAAUCAGAUUGCUGGUGUCACAUCACACAUAAUCCAUCCAUCAUGUCUUAAGAAACAUUUUCCAAAGAAACUAGGAGAGUGAUACAAAAAAAAGAAGCUUGGCAGUCACUAAACUUACUUUUGUAUUGUAAAAAAAAAAAAAAUAGAAUUUUUUAGAGGUCAGUUUCCAACAUGAUUGGCAUCAGUGCAAAAUGUGAUAGAAAUUGUUGACAUGGAUGGAUUUCCAUUUCAUUAACUGUGUGUUUUUGUAAAACAAAAAAAAAAGACAUGACAUGAUGAUAUAAUUUUGUCCAGUAGUAACUGUAUAUAUAGAAUUCUUGUCAAGUGUCAGUUUAAUUAGAGGUAGAAGCAAGUUUUUUUAGUUUUUAGAAGGUAUAUAUCACUUCAGAUGUUAAAAUCAGGAGACUUUCUGACUCAGUAGUGGAAAAUAUUGGUAGUUUGUGGUAUUUACACCAUUUUAUAUUCAAGUAUGCAGGAUACAUAGACUGGAUAGGAUAUCACUGGGAGUUACAACAGAAAAUGGAGAGACAUUGGUCAAAAUAAUCACAAAUUGAAGUCACUUUGUUUCAAAAUUUCAUCUCAUUGCAGGGCAGUUAGUUUUGAAAAUGUUCAUCAUCUCAGGGCAUUAAGCUACAUGUAUUUUUUUAUUUCGAUUUUUUUUAUAUUACAGUGAGACAUCAAUACUAACAAUUGUGAAAAAUAAGCUGUAUUUUCAAAAAGAUUUGUAAUCUUUUACAGCCUGAUCCUCAGAUUUAAAAUCAAGGCACAGGAUUGUCAUAUAGGGAAGUAAAACGCUAUAAAGCAUUAAAUUUUACCUAUGAUAUUAGUUGUAAGAAAAUGAUGAUCUAUGUCAACAAAGCUCUAAAGCAAAAGAACUUCAAACAUUGGAUAAGAAACAGGAGGUGUGGUGACCAUUUCUCAGCUUUCAGAUUGUUAUUUUAAAAAUAAAGCCACUUGACUGUA